AUGGCGGGAUCUGAUACCCAAGACGCGCGCCCGCCACCUCCUCCACUUGACAACACUAUUGAGCUCACAGAACGCAGGAAGAAACAAUCACAGGAUGUCGGAUUACCCGCCAUCGGUCCUGUAACUCUGACGAAGAUCUCAGUGCUGGAGGAGACAAGUACAAAUGUUGAAGACUGGCAUGACGAAGUUUACUGUAUUCUCCGUCCUCUGCGUCUUCACAAGCUGUUGGACCACAAACGUCCACGACCCAAGAAGGGAGACAAAGGUUAUGAACAGUGGUCUUACUGGUCUACCACCGUCUCCGGGUGGAUUUUCACCCAUUUACACUCAAAUCUGAAAGACCUGUUACGCCCUACACUCGGUAUGGGUACACAUGGUUACGCUGAACUGUCAGACAGUGAAGAAGAAGAAGAUGAAGAGCACGACAUGUACGCCGAUGUUUUGAUGAAGGAGAUCACUCGUGCGUUGCGUGGCGGCAAUCUAAUCAACCAAACAAUCCUCGAUGGAAAGAGGUUCCUUCACUUGAAAAGAAACAGUUUCGGCACCGUUAAAGACUACAUCACUGCCUUCCGGAGACAUCUAGCGAUCCUCGAGAAGCGCAAGAUUGCUCCGCCACCACUUGGAGCAUUUAUUCAUAUCAUUGAUCAGCUCGGCAACGAAUCACCGAAGUUGAACUUUAUUAUUGAACAAAUCAGCAGGAAGCAGACCAUUACUCGCGCCGAAUUCGAUGAGUUCUGCAAAGACCUGCAAGUUGAAUCUGACACUCGCGAAUCCGGCGAAGCAGCUGCUGCCCGAGGAAGCCGUAACAACAAUAAGAAGAAGCGACCCUCGACAACUGCUAAACAGGAAGAUGACAAACCACAAAGCCAAACCCCUCGUGCCUCCGAGGACGAUCACAAGAAACAGUCUGACAACAAUGGCUCCGGAAAGAAGUUCCGUGGAGCACCCCCGAAGGGCAAAGACAUUCACCAAUACGCGAAGGAAAAGCGUGAAGCAGAGAAGCAAGUGGAUGACAACGGCAACUGCAGUUUCUGUGGACUCGGUCCCCACAAUGCCAAGAACUGUUACCACCUUGCCGACAACAUUGUUGGAGACUGGAAGUUUCACAGGGGUGUGUGGGCAUAUACUCUUGCGAAGAAGAAGCAAGACGGCUCUUGUGGAAUGGCUAUCACAGCGAUGGCUACUGGCAACGUCGACCAAAGAUGGCUUCUGGACUCAGGUUCCAGAGAAACAAUGACUAGCCAUUAUGGCGAUUUCUUCACUUAUGACCCUGUCCCCGCCACACAUGCAUAUGCAUAUCGUGCUGUUACUGGCGAGCGUGUCAUCACAAAGGGUAAAGGCAUGAUCCUCGUCCAAGCCAAAGAUCGUAACGGCAUUAUCAAAAGUGUGCUUGUUGCAGGCUGGUACAGCCCCACAAUGGAUGAGUCCAGUGACGAAGAAGACACUAAUGAUAAUGAUGGAAUUGCAUUCCGAGCGCUCUCCGCAAUGGAAAUUCACCGCCGUCUCGGACACGUCGGUAAGGCUAAGAUGUCUGCAACAAUCAAGGAUGCUAUUAUGGUUGAAGACCUUGAAAUGCCAAGUUGUUUAGAUAUCGACUGCGAAGCCUGCCUGCUUGCCAAAUCGAGAAGGAAGGUCUCCCGAGAACCCCAGGUUCGAGUCCAGGAUGCCGCUUGGAAGUUCCACAUCGAUACACAAACCAAGUCUCCACCUGGCCCAAAUGGAGAGAAGUACUGGGUUCCAAUCGUUGACGAUGCUACCAGGAUGGGCAGAGGCAUCUGCACAAAGACAAAGGAAGAGAUAUCUACCCGCAUGAUCGAAUUCUGCGAGGAAAUGAAGCUGCUGAUAGGUAGAUACCCCGGUAUUUGGCGCCUCGACAACGGCACCGAAUUCAAAAGAUUCAUUACGUGGGGAAAGAAACGUGGGUUCGUCUUUGAGCUCACUCCUCCGUACACUGCAGAACCAAACGGCACAGCCGAAUGGUAUGGUGGCUAUAUCAAUGAGAUUGGAAGGACCAUGAUCGUUGACUCAGGACUCGAUGAAACGCUCUGGCCAUUUGCUCACCAAGCUGCUAUUUACAUUGUGAAUCGUCUUGCAAACAGCGAGACCGGUAAAUCACCAAUCACCCUCUGGCGUGAGCUUCUUCACAUUCAAAAUACCAAGCCAACUCUCAAGCAUCUACGGCCAUGGGGAUCCACUGCCUAUGUGCACAUUCCGAAAGAUAAGCGAGUGCAAUCUCGGAAGGCCGCACCCCGCGCCUGGAAGGGCUACCUUAUCGGCUAUGAGGGGGAUGGCGGUCAUGUUUACCAGAUCUGGGAUCCCGUGAACCAGGAGAUGAAGAGAUCUCGUGAUGUUGCUUUCCACAAACCUAGUGAUGAGCAUGACGACGGUGAAACAGGGGCUGUCCGAGAAGCUACUCCGGCACAGCCUUCACAGACCAUUCUGCCAGACAGCAUCUCCAGUUACAAGACGACUCCCGGGAUCAUUCCCCGAAGAGAGAUUCGACAAAUUGAACAAGCACCGUCUUUACACAUACCCUCGAGCACACACCUAUUCGACAGGUCCACAGCUGCUUCUCGUCCCCGGACUCGACCCACUUUGCUACGUGCGCAUGCACCUUUGCAGAGAAUUACCGAGGAGGUUAUUCAACCUCAGCGGAUGCGCGCUACAGAAGACAGUGGCGACGAGCAACGAAGAGCUAUACUGAAUGAACGCCUACAUCGACUACAGGAAGAUAUCGAGACCAUGAGCAAUGAAUGGCAGGAUAUACGCCAAGAAACUGAGCGCAUUGAGGAAAGGAUUUCAAACAGAUCUACAUCUAUUGAACCUACUCCUACCCCUACUGUUGCUACUGCUCCUGCCUCACACCACACGCCAGAUAGGCCUCGCUCUCCUCAGGAAUACCGAUUCCCAUUCCUAUCACCAGAUCAGUUACGCCUUUAUAGGGAAGAGAGUGAGCAGGUGAGCGAGCAGACAGAUCAGCGAGCGAAUCAGCAGACGGUGAUCCACAUGUCUAUUGAGAAAGACUCAUCUCCAGUGCCAGCACCAGUCUCACCAUCAUCAUCAUCGCAUGAUCAAGUUGCUUCUGUUACCAAAGAAGUUAUCUCAGUCAGUUCUACACCAGAUCCAACCCUCCCACCCCCUUCACGACGAGUAUCACAUCGCCGAACCAAGGGAUGCCCUCCGGAGCGGUACUCCGACCCGAAUCGACCCCUCCUUUCCGUCGAGCGUGCAUCGAUUGCCAGAAUGCAGAAGAAGCGACCACGACUCGAUCGUCACGAGAAAACAAGUGCGGAGGAAGGUGGUAACAACGGGGAGGAGGGUGUUGGACAGAGAUCUGCGGGAUCUGUUGAUGAUGCUGAAGCCGCGCCUGCUUCCUCGAGAACUGAUUCCGAGGGACCAGCAGCCCUCGCUGUCACUGCUCCUGUCAAACCAAUCAUCAUGUUCAAUGAUAAGCCCCUUCAUGGAAAGGAUGUCAUUAUUCCCACUACAUACAAACAAGCACAGAAAUCCCCUCACUGGGAAUUCUGGCACGCUGCUAUGGCUCAACAAAUCGAGGAUCUGAACGCACAAAAGACAUACACUCUGGUACUCAAACCAAAACGUGCGAGCAUUCUACCUGGCAAGUGGGUGUACACUGUGAAAACAAACACCUACGGAUUUGUUAAUACCUUCAAAGCACGCUGGGUUGUGUGUGGAAAUUUCCAGCAAAAGAAAGAUGACCGGGAAGAUUGCUAUGCCCCUGUGCAUUACCCCCUGAAAGACCUCGGUGAACCGAAACAGUACCUUGGCUGCUUGCUGGAGCGAGACUACGACGCCGGGACUAUUCGGAUGUCCCAGAAAGCCUAUGUCCAAAAGAUCCUGCACAAAGCAGACAUGUUGCACUGCAAAGGAAGGAGUAUCCCAUUACCGGCAACAUGGAACUGGUCCGAAGGCCACGAGGAUGCAACGUCGACCCUCGAAGAUAAUGACGACUACUUAUCAGUUGUGGGAAGUCUGAACUGGUUGGCAAUGCGUACGCGCCCCGAUAUCAGGUUCUAUGUUACUAAGCUACAACACAAAUCUGCGAAUACCACUAUUCACGACCAAGAAGCCAUGGUGCAGGUCCUUCGUUACCUCCGAGAGCAUCCAGAUCGUGCGAUCACACUCGGAAAGAAGAAGGAGUUACAGUUCUAUGCCUAUGCCGACGCUUCACACGGAGACAACCUGAACUACAAGUCAACUGAGGGCGCAGUCUGGUUCUUUGGAGGUAGUCCAAUCCAAUGGUCAACCAGGAAACAGACUAUUAUGGCCCCGUCAACCACGGCCGCCGAAUGGUGCGCACUUGAUCAGCCUGCACGGGACGGCAUGUGGCUUCGCAAACUUGCCGUAGCCUUUAGUUUUCCCAGAGCAAGCGAUCCGUUGGUGAUCUACACAGAUAACAUCAACACUCAGCUACUCUUGAACAAGAAGACUGGUCGCAACUCGACAAGAUGGCUUAACAUGCGAUAUUUCUUUGUGAAAGAUGCUGCUGCCAAGGGCUACAUUGACCUCGAAAGGGUUGAGAGCAAGGCCAACGUGGCGGAUGGAUUCACGAAGCCACUCGGAGAAGAAGCGUUCCCCGGAUUCAUCACACAGCUAGGGAUGUGA